AUGCGCAACAGGAUACGAGUGAUCGCCACAGCCAGCAUCAUCACGACCGUCGGCACGUGCAGAAACGUCACCACCAUCGGCAGGCGCAACCACCCCGUAACGCUCGGCACGAGCAGCGUCGACGGGAACAAGACGAGCGUCGCGGACACUGCCCCCAACACAGUCUGUACAAGCAGGUGUACCACCAAGGCCGGCACGAACCACUUCACCAGGAGGAGCAGGAUGCACGGCUGCAGCGGCUUCUCCAUGACUGCCUGUGUGCACGCCUUCGGCCAGAGAGUCCACGCGACCAGCACCACAGGACGCCUGCUCCUCGAACCUCCGCAGUUCAAAUCCAAAAAUAUAACGAGCAAACGACGACCUACUUGGCUGCAGCUCCGCCAAGACAGCCGCAUCCUGUACAGUCGGGGCCUUGACCUAAGGAACCCUAAAUAA